AUGAAACUAGGCAUAGUAGAAAUAUUCGUACUUGAUCGGGAAUUCGAUAUCCAAACUCGGUUAAACCGGGAAAUCCUCGAGUUGAGCGAGGAUGGAGACGGGUAUGAGGAUGCAAUUCAAUUCCCUGAUGAGAAUGUGGACGUACCUACUCUUGGUAUUCAGCCACUUACCGGUGCAAACUACACUGCUUGGAAAGAUCAAUUAGAUCUUACUCUGGGGUACCUUGACCUUGACUAUGCCAUUCGUAAUGAUGAACCCGCUGCUAUUAUUGCGAACUCUACUGCAGAACAGAAAGCAGCAUUUGAGAAGUGGGACAAGGCGAAUCGGUUAUCACUUAUGACAGUCAAGAACUCUAUUCCCCUUGGUCUUCGAGGAGCUAUUCCUGAGUCUGACAAAGUCAAAGAUUACCUCAAAUCUGUUGAGGAUUACUUCCAGGGAUCGUCUAAAGCGCAUGCAAGCAGCUUAAUGCUAAAGAUGCUUACUCUGAAAUAUGAUGGAAGUAGCGGUGUCCGUGAACACAUAAUGAAAAUGAGUGACAUGGCGAACAAGCUUAAGACUCUCGAAAUGGAAGUCUCUGAUAAUUUUCUUGUGCAUUUCAUAAUGACAUCAUUGCCUGCUCAAUUUGAUGCCUUCAAAAUUAACUAUAAUGCUCAGAAAGAUAAAUUGAAGAUGGAGGAAGGGUAA